CCAAACUUUUCGUCCUCUAAAGGACCUCAAAAGGCCAUUUAUGUGCUAUAUUUUUCCAAUUCUCCAAGAAACAUGGCUAAAAAUAAAAGGAAAAGGAAACUUAAGGAACAGGACUUCCAGAAGGUGAAGUUUAAAGUUGGAAAGAAGCUUAAACCUGCGGAUAAUGCCACAGACUCUUCAUUUAAAUCAAGGGCGAUCUUCAUCCCAACUCAGCUUCAUACACUCGACAAUGUACCAACAAAUCAAAGAAAUCAAACCUUAAAGGAUUUACUUGCCCAAGUGGGUCAUUAUAGUGUGAAUACAAGGCAGGAAGCACUAGGAGGUCUUAAGGAUCUCCUCCACCAUCAUGAGAAUCUCCUACAAGAAAAUCUGGGAAUUGUUAUCAAAAAAGUCUGUGAGAAAAUGUCAGAUAGUGACCCUUCAGUCAGACAGUCUCUUCUACUGUUACUCUGUUUCAUAUUCCCACUAGUUUCACAAGAAAAGAUGGCACCAUUUUCUGCGCUAGUGAUUGCUCAUUUAAGUUGUGCUAUGACGCACAUUUAUGAUGACAUACAACAUGACUCCCUUGGAUUUCUUGAGCUUUGUCUCCGUUAUUUUCCCAGUCUCAUGGUUGGAAGCUCUUCACAGCUGAUUCAAAACUUUGUGAGUAUGAUUUCACAUCAGAACAUUUCAGGUACAAAGCAGUCCAACAGACUACAGCAUAAAGCGGGAAAAGGACUUGCUGUGAAUCCAAAGGGGAAACUUUCUUCCUUAAGGUCACGUCUAAAAGUUCUUCAACAAUUAUUGGCAUUGUUGAAAGCCUUGGAAUCUUCUUCCAGUUCCAGUCGAGAAGACACGCCACUGUCAUCAGCAAGCCUGGUUAAGUUACCAUGUAAAAAACAAAUAAUUUAUUUUGACAAGAAAAAGCCAACUCAAAUCCAGGUUUUAGAACAUUCAGUUCAAGAACCAACUUUACAUCCCUUUAGUUUUGACAAUAGCUCAGCAGCUACAGCAUUAAACACAGAAAGUAAAAACAAUAUUUUAACAGAUGGACAGAUGGUAAAGGAUUUCAUGGAAGUCAUUGUGCCUUUAUUACUGGAAUGUUGGAUUGAGUGUAGCCCUGCUCAAAUGACAACUGGUCUACCAAACAGUAUGGUGUCUUCCUCGUCUAUUAAUGUCAUGUUAGCUGUGACAGAAAUUCUUAAAAUUGUCUUGAAAGCAGCUCAGGAAAAACAAACAAAUGCUGAAGUCUCUGAAAUGCACAAACCUGGAGACAACUUACUGGAUGUUUAUUUCAAAGAUGUCAAUCAGCAUUUGAUGAGUUUCUUUCCAUUUUCAGUCUCAGAUGCACCAAUGUUGAAGAGAGGAAGGAGAAAGCUAGAAAAGGUUUCUCAGCAAGCUGCAGGAGAGAACUCCAGUGCAUCUGUGUUAACCCUAAACCUGAAAAUUUGUGAAGUCAUGAUGCUCUUUGUGAUGAACGGCCCUGCUGUGCAGAAGAACUAUCAUGCUAUAGUCCACAGGCUGGAAGAGUUCGUCAUUGAAUCCCUAGAGUUAAAAGUGUCAGGUGGCGCUGCAGGCCAACAGUUUCAGACAGAUCAUGUGGAGAGCUUGGUUGCCUUUGCUGAUCAAAUUCUUCAAUAUCACAACAGUUGUAUGAAAGUGGGUAUUCCAAGCAAACCAGGAGAACUUCUCAAUGCAACGUUCAGUUUGUAUCAGUCAAGUCACAUUAAGUCUGGGAUCAAGAGAGUGUUGAUUACUUUCUUUGCAAGUCUUGUUUUCCAGGAGAACAUGUCAAAGCUUUUUGAGUUACAUAAACCUGUUGAGAAAUGGCUUCUUGGAUUGCCUGGCCUGUUAGUACAAUUGAAGGAUACCACCCCUGGCUUGACAGAACUUGUUUUAAGAGUCAUGAAAAAGGCGGUUGUUCAAGGUAUCCUACAAUCAGAUGACAAAGUGUUGGCUCAGCUGGCCAGUUUCUUCUCCAAGGACAGAGGCUCAUUUUCAAAACUGAGCGAUGAGAUUCAACGCUUGGCAGUAGAGCUGUUGUUUCACCUCCCAUCACUGGAUGAUCGCUUGUUGGCAAACAUUGUAUCAUGCUGUCAUGGAGGCCAAGUUGGUGUGGCAAUAAUUCAAUACCUUCUCCAAGUCUUGCUUUACAGGUCUCCAAGUUAUGAAGGAGCUGUGUCUCACCCUGCUGCAUUCACCUUUGAAGUGUACUUGAGUGUCCUUCUUGGUAUAGCAAUAGGAUAUUCCAAAGACCAACUAAGCGAUUAUCAAGAUGUGAAUAAACAGGCCGAAACUUGUAAGGUCACUGAUUUCAUAGGCUGCAACUUUUCUAUUUUAGAAGAAAAUAAAGGAAAAGAGAUUGAUGAAGCUAACAUGUGGCAGAGCCAACAAAGGAAACUACAGGGAGUUUUCCAGUGUUUCAGACAAUGUCCAUUCAACAUAUUGCUGCCACUGAUGAGCCAAGAAUUGGAACAGCUUCUAAUUGAUUAUAAAGUUCUCCCCUUGAGUGCAGUACACAGUAUUCUGUGCGUAGUGAGAUGUGUGGUGCAGUUAACUUCAGACACCGGCUCUACAGACAGAAAUUGCCUUUUCCCAACCUUCUUGUUUCAAGCUCUAACACAAUUGACGCUGGUUGGUUUAAAGCACUCCACGAGCAAAUCUUUUUCAAUCAGUGAGCAGAAACUGAGGAGCGAAGAUUUGUUUGUCGAAGCUGUUGAGUUGUUAUGUGCGGUGCCACAAAUGAUGCUGGAGAUAUUGUCGCAUUUGUUGGCAGUCCUUUCAGAUAAUUCAGAGUCUGUAAGGGAGACCUGCACUGGUAUAUUCACCAAGCUGUUCAGCUGUAAAGUGCGAAAACUUCUCCUUCAGUCACCCGACCCUGUGCAUCUUUUGGUUCAGCGUGUCUUGAACACAGACAUUUCAAGUGCUUUCCGAAAACAGUGGUUUGCUGAUCUGCAAUAUCAGUAUUCCUUAUUCAAAGCUGAAGCUGGCCAAACACGAUAACUGCAGAGCAACACUCUCUUGGCCAGUAUUAACACUUCCAAUAUGUUGGACUGACAGAUCAGUUUUCAAUAAAGUUUUGUUCAAAUCUCAUAGAGUAGACGCAUAGUGUUAAUUGUUAUGCAUGGAGCUGUAUUUGAUGUUAUCACUUUCAAGGGAAAAUUAAAAAUAGCAGAUAGGAUGACCUCA